AAUGGUCAACGACUGGUCACCAGAACCGCCGAGAGAAGCGGAGGAAGUGUCAUGUAAUAAUUCAGAAAUUGCACCCUUUGGCUUAACUAGCUCAGACAGCGAAGAUGACAGCGUUCAUCCUGAUGGUUAUGAACCAUUAACUAAUAUGGCACUUGAAGAAGCAGAGAACGAAGUGACUGAUACCGACUCAUUUGGUGGUGACACUGAAUGGUUUGAGCAGCAGAAUGGUGAUGCGGAAAUAGAACUGUCAAGAGAUUUAUUGCCACAAGCAAGUAAUGGCAGCAUCUCACAGCUUUGGGCCGGCCCAGCGAGGGACAUUGCGUUGGGAACAGAGGGAGCGGCCGCUGUGCGAGCUGCCAUGGAGGGCUUCAGCCUGCCUCCAACUGCAGUGCCUGCUUGGGCAUCCACCGUUCCAGAGGAGCAGUGGACAGACAUGCUGCGGCAACGGAUUACGACCUUGCAGCAGCACCGACAGCAGCGUCAGACACAGGAAGAGUCACCUUCUGUUUGAGUGUCAGUGUGUAUAAGUGUUUGACUGAGAGACCACAGUGUGCAAGAUUCUGAACUCUAUAAGUGAAGCUUUUAAUGGAUGCUCAUUCUAUAGAAAUGUUUGCUGUUCUAGACUUUUAUUGCUUCCUGUAGAGUUGGCUCAGGUGAGCAACCUGAGGGACUAAUUUUAUUUUAGUUUUACAAAUAUCGGUUGUUUGGAGACAGCUUUGCGAACAGACUGUGCAAAUAAGCUGUAUACACCGAGUAGUAUUUAGAACCUUCUCUGACCAAUCAUUCAUUAUAUGCCAUGUUACACAAAUAAAAUUGGUGAAUAUAUUGUA